CAAGAAACGUAACGUUUGUUUGGGAUCAGCUUUUCAUACUCUAGCUCAUUAUCAUUGAGCUCAUUCUGAAAUGUAAUCCAUUUUUGAGUUUUACCUCCGAGGAAACGAUCGCCAUCAUGGCGGCAAAACGGUUGUUGUCUGUGGAUUUUGAAGUGUUUGGUCGGGUACAAGGUGUCUUCUUCCGAAAGUAUACCAGAUUAAAAGCGAAAGAGCUAAAUCUUGUUGGUUGGGUUAAAAAUACUAAAAGAAACACAGUUAUUGGUCAAAUGCAAGGUGAACCCAGUGGAAUAGAUGUGAUGAAAGAAUGGUUGAAGACAAAAGGAAGCCCUUCAUCACGUAUAGAGAGAUGUGUAUUCAAGAAUGAGAUGAAUAUUACCAGUCUAGGGUUUACAGCUUUUGAAAUAAGAAAGUAGCCAUUUUUCUAAAAAAAAAGAAAGAAAAGUAAAAACAAUAAACAAACAAAGCAGAUGAUAUGAUUCUGUUAGUCCCAUGGACACAAGUAAAAUUCAAGGCAAACUGCAAUGGAAUGUUACCAAAGCUUGUGUAUUCGUUAUACCAAAAUAUACAGGCAUUCCUUGUGGGAGAAAGACUAUUUUUAUGCCAUACCAUGAGCAUCUGUAUAGGAGGUUACAGUACAAGAUAUCAGGGUCCAUCUAUAUGAAGGGUGAACAAUUGCACUAUAUAAUGGAUUAAUUCCUAUCAAGUGGAUAAAUUCCAUACAAAAUCUAUGGAUUCCACCACAACCAGAGGUGCUCCUGUCAGAUAUGCUAAGAAGGAUAAGAUAAAAUCUGGUUUAUUACAAUUCCUUGCAUCAAAUAAUUAACUGUAUUUAGUCUGGUAUUUAUGUUGCACACCUUUAUUGUUGUACUCUUCAAGGACAAACAGUGGGUACAACUAGUAUAAUGGGCAUUCUUUGAUUUAUGGGAGGGUUUGGAUGUAUUUUGAAUGAAAAUGGAGAUCCAUUUUUUGGCUCAGGUCACCAGAAGCCCAAAAUCCAUAUUCUCCUUAGAGAAAUUAAAGACACGAUAUGUGUAAAUGA